ACCGGAAAUGAACACGUCAAAUUGCCAAAUUUUGCAAUGAAAGCUUUUAAGAGUCGUGAGAUGAAAAAGGACUACUUUUUGUUGUGUGUGCUAUUCAUAGGCGCACGUCAAUGAGUCGCCGUCCUUAAUUUAAGUAUUUCAAUGAAUAGAUCAGUGUCGCAGAUGUCUGUUAGUUUGUCACGACAUUGAUUGUAAUUGUUAGGAUGCCAGGUAGGAGCGUUUGCAGAUUGGAGGCGGUCAUGCGUCCGACCUGGCAACUCGGACUAUGCGCCGGAUGCGGUAGCCAGUAUGGCGGACAGCGAAAGUGAUAUAGAAACUGACGGACUGGAAUUAGCCCUAGAAUCAUUGUCUAGUCGUUAUUGUAGCGACGUGUCCUCCCUAAAAAGCAAAGACUACUGCGCUGGGUUUUGUGAGUUGGUUGAAGCCUACACGGGCCAAUGGCAGGUUCCUCUUCCUCAACUGAAGGUGCUGCGGACAGCACUGUGUGGAUUCACAAAAGCCACGGCCAAAUUCCCCGACAACUGUCGGCACAUCAACAAUAUUCUCAGCCGUCUGGCCUUGAGUAUUUUUGAGCUUCUACUGUUUUUCAGUAAAGAGGAAUUUGGGGAAAAGCCUUUAAAAGACAUCCUGGACUCCUAUCAGGCAUGUCAUGCUGAGCUUUUAAGGCACAGGAAUGUACAUCUUCAACAUGCAAAACUGAUCAUAAAAGCUGGUGGUCCAUGGGAGAAUCGGGUGUUGCAAGCGAUCUUAAAACAUGCAGAUUUGCCUCCAAAAGACGUUGACGAUUACUUAAACUCAGAGCUCCCUGUUUUCCUGGAACUGCGGAUUCGGUAUCUGCAAGCAUGUGAGCGAAUACAUGAAGCUAUGGCCCUGGCUAAAGUCUGCCUGGAGAACCACAAGCCUGGAAAACAUUUGUACUGGCAUCAGGCUUACUUAACCUGUCUCUACAAGGCCUCGCUGCAUGAACCCCUUGAGAAGCAGAUGGAAGAGCUCGAUGGCCGGGACGCGGUGGAGAUCAUCUGUAACACAGAGCAAGUCGAAAAAGAUGAGCUCCUUUUGUCACUGUCCAAAGUGUUCCUGGCCCAGAAGCUACACAAUGGUGACAUGUACUACAUAUGGGACCUGGUGUUCAUCUGGAGCAGGUUGCUUCUCCGAGCCCACCCGUCGACACAGGACUUCCUGACUGAGUGUGUGCAGUUGGCAUCCUCUGCAAAGAACGUUCGCGCCAUCUUUCCCUUCAUCAAACUAGUCACCACCGAGCUGGGCAGGGACGGUGUGCAAGUCUGCGUUGAGCUUUGUGCCACGGCCUUGCAGCUGUGUGACAUGCAAGCUGACAGCGUCGCUCAGUCUCUGGUCUGCAAGACUAUUGCCUUCCUCCUGCCAGGAGACCUGGAGAUCUGUCGAGCAUGUGCCCUGCUUGUCUUCUGCCUGGAGCGAAGCCUGGAAGCUUACCGAAUGGUGCACCAUCUGUUUAAACAUCCUGACCAGGAGACUCAUCCUCACCACAGCUUUGUCCCUACCAACGUCCGCUUCAAAAUUCUGCAGAUGCUGAAAGAACGUCUGUCUUUUGACCCAGAGUUUUGGAGCGUCCUGGCCCUCAAGAAUCGCUGCUUGGAGUUGAUAAAUGACAGUGUAAUGAAGGAUGUUCUUAUCGAUGAGAUACGGGGAGAAGAGGAGAACUGCUGUGAGGAGGAGCUGGCAAAUGCCUGUGUAAAUGAUGCUCAAGACUCGAAUCCCAGCAAGUGCACUGGGACUCAAUCUGAGAAACAGCCCCCUCUACUGGAACAGACUUCUGAUAGCCAGACGGUAAGCUUGUCAAAUAACGCUCCAGUGAAAAAGAGAAAAUGGCACAGGAGACUCCAAAGGAAAGUCCACAUUUUGUCUGAUGAAGACAUGGACAAAGGUGAUGAUCCAGAGUUCAUGUACAAUCUCAAGUCCACGUCUUUGUGUAGCAAAUCUGUAUAUUCACUAAGACACAAUCACACCAAGAGGGAAAAUUAUACUUCUGUCAAGCUCCCAGUCAGUCGAAAGAGAGAAUAUUUGUCUCGAUGUGUGAAGAGCCAAAUUUUGAAAAGAAAAGGCAGGAAGAAGAGAUGGUUGCAAGGUCUUCCCAAGGUGGAGGCACCUCAGACCAUCCAGGAGAAGGUAAUUGUACUGAAAGGGAAAAAGCGGGGCAGGAAGCCAGCACAGCGAUGGGAUCUCUCCUACCCUGAUAAUGAAGUACCCCUCUCCAAGGCUGAGUUUGAGCUCAUAGAGAAAUCUGAAACAAAAAGCACAGAGCAGAAAAUCUCUCACGUGGAGAAUGACAGUGAGAGUGACAAGAUGAAGAAACAACCAAGGACAUAAAGGACAGACAUGGCCAGCGGUCAAACGCAAGAGGAAGCUUCCCAUAUUUGUGCUGCUUUUGCUGAGCCUCAGACUUCUAGUCCAGCUGUUGAAGCUGACCCUGAGCUUGAUGGACCAUUCCAGGAAUUACAGAGCUCUCCAAUAGACCUGAUGCAUAGUUACUAUCUAAAGCCUACAAAUAGUGACAGUGACACAGUGCAGCCUCCAGACUCCUCCACACUCAAUAAUGACAUGGUGGAAGGGCCCCCAAGCCUUGAAGACACUAAAAAAUCAAACAGAAAGGUGAAAGUGGUGAGGACAUGGAGGGAAAAGUCUGAACGAGGACAAAAGUAUGCUCAUCUGAGUUACUACUGUAGCUCCUGUAAGAAAAACUAUAAAGGGUUGAACGUGUUGAGGCAUUCAAUUGCCCACUUAAAGAGGCGGACGAAGUGUAUAAUCUGUGGAAAAUGCUUCCAACACUUUAUUGUUGGCAAAAAGCACAUUUGGGAUCACAUAGAAGAAAUGUGCAAGAACCAUAAAGACACUGACGUCGAGGGAGCUGGUACCACAAACGGGACGAGGAGUAAGCAGGCCGAGGCUCACAGUGAAAAAAAGACUUCAAACGAGGAACCUCGGAAAUCUUGCAAAGUCAAAGUUUCCAGCCUUAGUAGGGAAGACCGAAUCAUCCGAAACCUUCGCUUCGUCAUCAGGAAGAUGCAGGUCCAGUCCAAGAAGUUGAAUAAAGACACCCCCACAGCACAGUUAGACUUCAAGGAUGAGCAGGUCGUCAUUGAAGACGGGCUGGUCGUUGUCAAAGCUGUGGCUACAAAGGAGGAUGAAGUGGACCCGGUAGGAGAAAACGGCUAUGACGUGAUCUAUAAGUUUCUGCUGUGUCCUUCCUUGUCCUGCGAUCGGGUGUUCAUGAAACAUGGCAGCAAUUUUACCAAGCAUGCUGUUAGAUGUCACCUCAGCGAAGACCACGUUCUGGAUAAGACUUUUGUCUGGGCCAAGCACAAAUGCACCUACUGCUUUCGCAACCUCCAGUUUGUCCAGUAUUACAAGGAGCACAUAAGGCGCCACAGCCCUUCUCUGCCACACUUCUGCUACCAUGCACAGUGCGACCAGCGCUUCUUGACGUUGCAGGAACUGAAAGCACACAUGAGCACCCAUGACCCUUUCAGUCCUGUUUGCGCUUUCGCCAACUGCGACAAGCAGUUCUCCAACUUAAUAAGCCUCUUCGACCACGAGUGGAGACACUAUGUCCCGGCUCCUCAGAGGGAUGAGCUGGAGCUGGGUCUCAACCGGCAGCAAAGGCAAAGCAAUGAGGCUCCAUGGAAGCAGAGGGUAAAGUUUGAGGAGAUAUGGCUGCAGAGCAACCAAGUGAAACAGGAGAGAAUAACAGUCGAGAAAUCUUCUGUCGUGAAUCUCAGCGAAAGUGUCAGUGAGGGGAAGGCCCCGGACACUGAAGCGGCUGGUUUGAAGGCGGCAGAGCUUAGCAAAAAGCCUGUCAAUGGAUUCGAGGAGGGGAAACCAAGCAAGGUUUCCAAACGAAGCACUAACAAACCCCAUCGGAAAAAGAAGUUCAGGUUUACCUGUGACAAGCCCCCGCCAGAUCCCUUGAACGUCAAGGACCUGGAACAAGCCACCACAAUCUCUGAGGUCGUCCGGAAGUUGGAGGAGCCGCUCAUCGCCGAGCACAAGAGCUUCAACCCUAAAGAUCCUUCUUACGCGCCCUUCUACAAAAUGCACUUCACCAGGCUGCCGCCCUCCACCUACAUGAACGAAUCUCAGCUGUCAAUGCGCAAGAGGCGAGACACGGACAAGGAAGCUCCCGCGCAAAGUCAGCCCAGUAGUUCUUACGGCCAGAUGGAUCAUUGGGCAAGGAGCGAGAUGCACAAGAGCAAAAGUAACCACGAACAGAAGAUCAGACAUAGGUGCGAUAAGUGUCUCUCCUCCUUCAGCAGCAUACAAGAGCUCCAGAAACACAAAACUCUCAACACCUGCUCCGCUUUAUUUGGAUUUGACUCUGAUGAUGAAAGUUAACACGCCUUAUCAAAACUUGCUCGUUUGACCAAAAAUAUGUACAUUUCCUUUUUACUUUGGUUAUGAUACAAGGGACUGCAACUGAAGUACAACGUACACUGUGUUUUUUUUGGGGGGUGGGGUUUGUUGUUUUUUUUUUGGGUGGGGCCUUAUUCACUCAAGGCAAUGGACCUUUCCGAUGCCAGUCUUACGCGCCGCCCCCAUAGCCAUGUCCCAUGAGCUUCCAAAAUGGCGAUAAAACAGCACGUUUGAACUCGAUUCUCUGUUGCGUAUUUCAGAUAAUAUUGGGGUAUAUUUAUUGCCAAAUGCUUUAGACUUGUCCAAAAGAGUUUUACAGAGAGGUCUCAACUAUUUCACGCAAGGAUAUGUACACGAAAUUAAGAUUUUGGACAGAGCAGGACGCAAUGUCAGAGUUACAGCGAAAUGUUGGCGAUCGAUGCAAAAAGGUUUGACGCCUCACAAACUUCAUAUUUAAAUCCAACCGAAUAAAAUGGUGGAAUCGUACUGCGCAUAUGAAGCAGGGUGAGUACUUUUUACUUGGAAAUAUCACAAGUAAUAUCGUAGUCUUUAUAAGUGGGUGUAUUCAUUUGACUUGGCUUGCGCGCUCUUAAAAAUCAGAUGUCAUACAAUUAGGCAAAUACAUUUCUCUUGCAUGACAUGGCGCAUUUACGGAUACCUAACCCGACUCUUCGGCAUAAAACAUGACACUUCAUUCAGCAGGUCAGUGCUACGCUAACAAAGUGAAAGUUGUUCUCCUGCAAUGUAUAAAGCACUUAUAAUAAUUAAAUCAAACUCAGAGAAGAUACUUCUCCCUCCCUUAUCUUCGAACAUACAACCUCGUUUGUUGAUAUCGUCCACACUUAGUUGUGCGUGCACUCUUCCCCAAGCCUUAAUCCAUCGUAGACACUUUGUCAACAAUGUUUUAGGCUUUGGAAAAUAAAUCAAUCUGGCCCCUUCUAACCUACCAGGAUAUCUUUCAUCAGAAUUGCACGUUCCCCAAGUACAUUUGAGGACCAUUUUCUUCGUAACAUUAACUUUUCCAAGCGAACGCAACUGACAACCAGCUUUGCUUGUGGGACACGACGACGAGGGACGUGUCAAACCAGAGGAUUAAGACAUUGCGGCUAUCUCAUUGGCUAUUAUUGUACGAGUGAUUGACAGGUCGGAAAGGUCCAUUACAAGAUACAGUAUGUGGGUCAGUAAGGUUUGGACUGUUUCUCAGUGCUUGUCUGUCAUGGGAACCAUCAAAAUACUCAGAUCCUCUUGCGUCGCUUGUGCCAUUUGCUAGCUAGUCUGUAAAAGUCAGUCUAACUUGUAGAACUUGAAAGAAAUUAAUCAGUUUUGGGUACUAAUAUUCAUUGUUCUCUGACAGUCUUCCAAAUGCAUCACCCUUGAGCAGAGUGCCAAUCAAAUAGGCUUGAGAGUAAUAUCAAAUAUACAGUAUGUCAUGCGUAUUUAUUUUCAAGAGCUUCCAUAUUGUGAUUGGUUGAUGGAAAAGUAAAUGGAGCUCUUUACUCGAGCAAUCACAAAACGUAUGAAAUAAGGGUUAGCUCGUUACAAAUCUUUAAGGUCUUUGAUAUGUUGGAUUUUUUUUUUAUGUAUGAGAGGAGGUUAUUUAUGUGUACAAAUGUAAAAAAAAAAAAAAAAAAGGUAUAAUGCCAAAAUAUUUUUGUUACAUAAAGUGACUAAAGUCUGUUUAAACAAAAAUAGAGCCAAUGGAGUAUAUUUGUUUUAUUUAAGCAUUGCAUAUUUCAUUGAUAAACAUAUUGCUUUUAGUCUAAAAAUGGAGAUAAACUUUUCAGUACGCUCAUGACCCUACACAGCACAGGUGUCAAACUCAAGGGGGCUAGAUGUGGCAGGCCACAUCAGUUUUUUGUGGCCCGCAAAGAUAAAUCAUCUAUGUCAACUUCCAUGGUCCUUGUGAAAAUCUGUACCAAAAUUUCUAAUUGUCAUAUAGCAUAAAUUAUGUUGAGAUAGAAGCAAUUUUGUCACCAAACAUGAACAAUUGUUGAAAAACCAACUACCUAUGAUUUCUGAUUCCAAAAGUAGUUCAUAAAUUUUGUGUAAAUAUGAAGCAAACAAAGGUUUUCAUGGUUUCCCAGUCAUAACGGUUCUCUGAGGGAAACCGUAACUGCAACGUGUAAAUAAAAGUACACAUUUCUUCAUAUAAUUACCCCGUCCACCUAAGUGAAUUGAUUGCAUAUCAUAAAUGAUCGGAGGAGGAAACAUCUCUAUGCGGAGGAAGUGGCUGAACAUAAAUGUACUUAAAUGACCCUCCCUGCCUUGGAAGAAAUGUAAGCACUACUACUUACUACUAAAUGCUACAAGGCAGAAACAUGGGCAGUGCAUCCAAGGAUUUCAGGCUGCAUUAAUUCCUACAUGCAUUUUGGAUUCAACAUGCUACUUUUCCUAUGGCUUUGGUGCAGUUUGUAGCUGUGAAACAGGAUUCAUCAUCACCAUUAAAUAUGGACAUACAGAUAUGGGCGACACAAAGUGAACAUUAGCCUUAAUGCUUCAACUAUAGUCAUUGUAAUGUCAUUUUUUUAAGAUCAGGUCCAACUGAACAGGGACACAUCACCUUAUUUGGAGACUAGGGUUUGUGUGUGUGUACAAAGAGUUUUUAAGAAUAACCAAAAGUAGACAUCAUGUGAAUGGAAGUUCUGAUAAGUAUUU